GUAUCUAGAAGCAUUAGCGUACCAACACUGGAGCAUUUGUGAAGUUGAAAUGGGAAAUUUACCAAUUAGACCGAUAAUAAGGCUCGCCAUUACCAGUGCUGCAUUCAUUGUGUUCUGGAUGACUUUCGUAAGUUCGAAAAUCAUAAACAACCAUUAUUUUCACGACAACCUAAGGAGAAUGGCGUACCUCACGGCGAUACCUUAUGGUCCUCUCCAGUGUGGAAUGUUAUGUACCCUUGAGGGACGAUGUGCGGCUGUCAAUUAUCACAUGGAAUCCCUUACUUGUGAACUAGUAGAAACAUCAGCAUCUGAUGUAUCAGAUUCCGAUGGAUGGGUGUCUACGUCUGAUUUCUCUUUUGUCAAAGAUUUGUUAGGUUCGUGUGCAAGUGUGAACAUUGAUGAAAGCAACUCAUGUGUCCGUCUACGAAAUGGAGGAAACGCAAUCAUUGUGAAACACUGUCCAGUGCCGACUGCCGUGCUACAUGCCAAUGUGACGUUUGAUAAGAGGACUGUUGGCGAUAUCAUCGAAUAUACAUGUGAUGAUUGCUAUUACUCUAGUGGGGGUUCAACUGCCACAUGCCUAUCGGAUGGACAAUGGUCAUCCGUAAAUGUACAGUGCACGUCUUCUUCAACAGUUGCCGACAUUCGAUUGGUUGGCGGGAACCACUCUGCGGGUAGGAUCGAGAUUCUAUAUGGUGGCACCUGGGGAACUAUCUGUGAUGAUGGCUGGGACAAUCCGGACGCUGCAGUUGUCUGUAGGCAACUUGGAUAUAGUGGUGGACAAGUCACUGUAUCUGCGUAUUUCGGAGAAGGUUCAGGCACAAUUUGGAUGGAUGACGUGAUCUGUUCUGGAAACGAAUGCAUGCUGUCUGCUUGUAAUUUCCCUGGUUGGGGAGUCGAAAAUUGUGCACAUUCCGAAGAUGCUGGAGUUAUCUGCAUAGGUAAUUAAGCUGCCGCCUGUCGUGUGCAAGAAAAUCUAUGCUCUUUCCAGUCGGCUUUGCUACCAGAGGGCUACACUCUAGUAAAAACAAGUGCGGAAAAAAAAGUGAUGAAAAUAAAACAAAACCAUUAAGAGAAGACAUUUGUCAGUCUGAAGACAUGAUGAUAGCAUGAACGUCGAAAACGUCCGAUGAUAUCAAAGAAGAUUUUAAUAGAUCAGUUUUUCUUGUCCAUGUGUAGAGUUCGUUAAGGAAUCCCAGAGCCGGACCUUGCAGUGAGAUUUAAUAUAUCAGUCUUCUGUCAGUAGAUUAUUGCUCACAUGGUCCAACUUCUUGUACAUGAUGCUUGGUAGGUUACCAAUUUGGCCAACUCGCCACGUAAUAGGCAUGUAUAUUCGUAUUCAAGUCGAACGGGCAACUUACACAUUUUAGAGGGCCAUUAUUCUAAUUCGUGUUAAAAAGACACUAUGUACCAAACAAUACCUUUGAUUUCAAGUCGAAAUAAGUACUUGUAUGCAUUUCACUUUCCAUUCUCUUUGAAGUUUUCCUAUUGGAGUCGAAUAUCUUCCUAUAUGGAGAUGCUCCAAGAAAAGGAAUAUUUGGGUUAUUUACAAAACCACACAUAUACACAUUCUUUCCCGUAAUUUCUGCAUAUAAUUUGCUGGUACUAGCUCAUGUUCCAACCUAAAUUUCAUUGCAGCAGUUUUAAUGUUUUUCCUUUCAAUAGUGUAGCUGCCAAACUGUCAAAAUCUGCACACGUCCUUAUACAUGGUAGAUGUUUUCCUGUGUCUUCUAAAGUGAUGCCGUAACUUGUUUGAACUUUGGUUCUGAAUUUCUCACUCUAUCUAAGAGCAGGAUUAGUGUGAAAACACAUACAGUGAACCAUUUCAGAUUGAUUUAACACAGCAUUGUAAUAGUAUGGCUGUUCUAGCAUAGUAAAGACUGGAAAACCUUUAUGUUCUUCAUUGUUAUUCCUAUUGCUAUUUGAUAACAUUGGUUUUUUGUUGAUAUGAGAUCACUGGUACAUACAUGGAUAGCGAAUUUUCUGUAGUAUUUGCAGCUGGUGGAAUUCUCAAAAUCUGAGCAUCCCUUCUAAUUGCAGAUAGUUGCGUAACAAGUGUGGAAGCAAAAUCAAUACUAGGUAUUGGUUUCUGUGUGAUAGGGCAAUACAUAUAAGGUAAGAUACCUUCAGUGAUCUUUUGCUUCUUCUGCGGGGGUUCCUUCUUAGGGUUGACCUAAUAGUAAUACAUUGAAAAAAGUGAAUAAGCAAAGACUAGAAUAAAGUUGGGACAAAGGAUAACUUCAUGAUCAUCAUUAGCACUGAAAGCAAAAUGUGUUACAUUUUUGAGUCAAAUGAAAAAUUAAA